UUGAUACACUGUGACAAACUCCAAGAGUUCCAAAUACACAUUGAUACAACGACAACAGGAGCACUUGGAAUAUAUCACAGACAAAGAAAAUAUUACAGGUGCCAUCUGUCGAGAUAAACCAGACAUUUCAUCGAAAGGGGCCAGAUUUUGUGGACUUACACUUACUGUCUCUCAAGCGUCUGAACCCUCUACUCAAUCCACUAUUCUCUCUACCUACUAAAUGACAGCGCCAUGGUAACCCACAGCAAGUUUGACUCCGCAAUGAGCAUCAGCCCCAUUGAUACAAACAUGCGGCUGGCAUCUCAUCGUUUCAAGACCUUCUGCUCCAAGGGACAGUACCACCUGAUCCUCUCCGCUCUCCGAAAACUUCAGGAGAGCGGGUUUUACUGGGGCUCCAUCAGUGGCAAAGAGGCCAAUGCUAUGCUGGCCAGUGAACCUAGAGGAACUUUCCUUGUAAGGGACAGCUCAGACAACCGGCAUUUCUUCACCCUCAGUGUGAAGACAGACUCAGGCACCAAAAACCUGCGUAUGCAGUGUGAUGCCAACUCUUUCUUCCUUCAGACAGACCCAAAGAGCGUGCAGUCUGUACCGCACUUUGACUGUGUACUUAAGCUUAUCUACCACUACAUGGCUUCACCAAGGGGACACAUAUCCCCGGGACAUCCCCGUAGCACAAGUGCCUACUACAUCUACUCAGGCAAGGAGAAGAUUCCUCUGGAACUGCUGAGACCUUACCCCACUAGUCUGUCAAGUCUGCAGCACUUGUGUAGAAAGACUGUUAAUGGACAUGUAGACAUUUCCAGCAAAAGAGAUCAGCUCCCUCACCCGCUCAAAGAGUUUCUGCAGGAAUAUGAUGCUCCCAUCUAAAGGACAUUAAUGCAGUAAUACAAGGAGUAGAUCAUGGAGUAUCCCAAUGGGAGUCAGGAUAUGCCAUUGGUUGAAACAGGAUGAAGAAAGUAUUGUAGAGGGGAAGAGUAGCACCAGCUGUUGCAGGACAAAGUGGAACCUUGAAGUUGCAGGCUGAAUCUCUGAGAGUUCUGUGAGAAACACAGAGGACACUGCAGUAAAAGUGAACUCAAACCAAGGAGAGCUGCUAUUAAUCAAACCAGCCACAAUUCCCUGUAGUCAGUAGUUAGGGAUGGUCAUCUUUGUUUGACUGUCUGUCCAUACUUUGUGAAAAGCAGGCAUUUGGUUUGUCUGGAGCUUUGUCAACUCUCUUUUGUUAAACUCACUGCUUAGCACUGAUAAGUCAUGUCAGCAAAGGUCUUCCUCAAUCCUCCAUUCUAAUUCUGUUCUUGUGGAUCCAGCAGUGUUCUAGCUGUGAGUGGACAUUUUAUUUAUUUUUUUGUUUUUAUUUUGUUUUACCAUGACCCCUUUCCUGGCUCAUUGCUGGUAAUAUGAAACACACAUGCCCAAAGGAAUACUAAUGUCUGCCUCUGGACUGCUCCAAAUUAGCCUUGGGAGCAGGAAUUCACAACAACCUCAUUCAACGGAAAUGAACCACCACCUCCUUCCAAGUAAAUAUUUGUGCCUUUCAAGGGAAGAGGAAGAACUGAGUAACAGAACAUUCUUGAGACAAAGGAGCAAACGUACUCCGAGUAAUGAGUUAUGAGAAAAAAGUGAACACAUGCGGAAAGUUCUAUGUUCCUAACUGUUUGUAUUUGUUUGUUUGUUUGUUUAUAUUAAAACGAACCAAACCUGCACAGAAAGACUAACAAUAUGGCUGUAUAGAAAAGAGAGGAGUACAUAAAGUGUCUUAAACAAAGUCAAUCACAUUUUAAGGACAAACAUAGAAUCAGAACAAUAGAUCUGACCCAUACUGAACAGGAAAUGUGGUAGUAUUUGUGUGAAAAGCAGGAUGACAGAAUCUGCUCUUGAAUGAAUGUAUGAAAAUUGGAGGAAUAGAUGUCGUUUUCUGUCAAAGGAUGCACCUAAGGCUCAUCCAGAUCUAUUCUAGUACUUAAUGGGACAUUGUUUACAUGUAUGAAGAAAUACGAAUUUUGUUAUCCUAUCUUUUGUAAAGAUGUCACAUUAUGUCUGUUCACAUGUUUGACAGUUGGAAUUUUGAUAAAACCUGAGGAAAAACACAAAAUGAAAGCAAGGAGACUGAAAAAAAAACAACAACUUUGCACAUAUUUAUAUUUAUAUGACAUCUCAGUAAUUUAUAUUAAAGAGCACUAUUUUU